AUGAGCGGUAUUGGUGAAUCCCGUACGGAGCUUUUAAAUUGGCUGAAUGACCUACUGCAGCUAAACUACAGAAAGAUUGAGGAAUGCGGCACCGGGGCUGCUUACUGCCAGAUAAUGGAUUCAAUAUAUGGGGAUCUUCCGAUGCAUAGGGUUAAGUUCAAUGCUACCGCAGAAUAUGAAUUUCAAACCAAUUAUAAGGUUUUACAGAGCUGUUUCACUAAGCACCAUAUCGAAAAGACCGUCUACGUAGAAAAACUGAUUAGAUGCAGGUUCCAAGACAACCUAGAGUUUCUGCAAUGGCUGAAAAAGUACUGGGUUCAGAAUAAAGAUGACAGUCCGUACGAUGCAGAGUCACGAAGGAAGUACAGGGUUGCGUCAACGGGUUCAAAUACAGCAGGUGGCCCAAUCAAUCUGGCAAAGAGGCGGACUAGCGGAUAUUCAAGCUCGCUAUCGAGUGGCAAUUCCAGCACCUCGAAUUUUGGCAGCAGCAGUACAAGUAGGACGCCGUAUGGAGUAAAUCGAAGAGUGUCGAACGAACAAGUGCUUGGACUGCAGGCGGAGUUAGCACAAGCACAAGACAAAGUAGCGUCGCUAGAUAAGGAGGUCGGAACUUACAAAGACGCGAUGAAUAUCAUGGAGAGAGAACGAGAUUUUUAUUUUGGCAAGUUGAGGGACAUCGAGAUCUUGGUGCAAUCCACUCAGGAUCUCAUCAGCGAAGGCGUGUACAACAGCGGUAACGAUGAUCUGAGCAAGAUCUUGAAUAAAGUUCAGCAGAUCUUGUAUGCUACAGAAGAGGGUUUUGAGGUCAACCAUGCGGGGACUGAUAAAGAUAUGGAGGAUAAUCAGCUGGCGCCAAAUGAAUCGACUGGUCUGAAGCUUUUUUCGGAUCAGACUCAGCAAGAAAUACCUGCACAUAAUUUGAUCAUCGAUGAAGAGACGUUCUGA